AUCCGCCCACGCCGCAACCAGCUAUCCGCUCGUUUACUACCUAGCCCCUACCGCCCCCACUGUGCCGCCCGCGACCGGGUCCUGCUCUGGACCUCGCCCUUCGCGCUCUCCAUGCAGUCGCAGUUGGACUCGUACCUACCUCUGCAGUCGCAGAGCGAGAUGCUGAAGCAGGCCCUCUGCGGCCUCGAAGACAGCACGCGAGAGGGCUACGGCUCCGGCCUCCUGCACUUCCACGUCCUAUGCGACUCGUUUGGCGUCCCCGAAGAGGCGCGCAUGCCCGCCUCACAGGCCCUCAUCUCGUCCUUCACGGCACAAUUCCCUGGGAUGGUCACCGACUCCGCAGUCAAGAACUUCCACUGCGGCCUCGAGCUAUGGCAUACGAUCAACCAUGCGCCGUGGCACGGCAACUCGCACCUGGUCCGCCUUGUCAAGCGCGCAGUCACCAAGGCGGGUGUCGCUCUCAAGCGACCCCCACGUCCACCCGUCUUACUUGCCCACCUCGACGCGCUACGCGACUCCCUCAACCUGGACCUCCCACGCGACGCAGCGAUCUUCGCACUCGCGCUCGCUACCUUCUGGGGCUGCCGCCGCCUAGGCGAGCUCGUGCCCGAAUCAGCAAAGCAGUACGACCCUACCCGCCACCUCCCGUGCGGCACCGCACGCGAGCAUACGACCUUCCGCGGUUCCGACGCGCUCACCUUCCACAUCCCCUGGACGAAGACCACGGGUGUCGCCGGCGGCACGCUCAUACUCACCGCCUUACCCGACGAUGACCCGUUAUGCCCUCUCAAGGCCUACUACAACCACCUGCGCCUGUCGGUGGGCAUGCCGCGCUCCGAGUCCUUCUUCGCCUACUUCCUUAACGACGGCUCGAUCCGCCGCCUCACGAAGUCUGACGUCGUCGACGCUGUCAGGCAGGAGAAUGGUUUGCACGACUGA